AUGCACGUUCCAACCACCGCUGGUUGCUCUCAACUCAAAUUCAAGGACUCGAAGAUAUGCUGCCAUUUUACCGAAAGGAUUUCUGGUCAUUAUCAGCUGGUCUACGGAGCAUUUUAUGGACGGAACAGACAUCAUAAGGACUUGACUACCAUCACAGUACAGGAAGAGGAGCUGGCCAAGAGGCUGAUCGAGGUUCGGGCCAAAUGCUUUAAUGCCACUAUUGCUGUGCAAAAGCCUAAGAGAUUUGCCUAUGCUGCCCCAAUCAUCGCAUGCACUCGUUUAGCAAGAGGGGUUGCGAAAACUGCACGUGUGCCUUACUUGAAGGCAGAGUCUAGGCAAAUAGACCACAUGGGAUCAUACGUCGAAACUGAUUUUGAGGCCUAA